UGCAGCGUCGCAUGAUCCGAGGCAUCAAGAUCCAUCUGAACGAUUACCAGUCCCCUGGAUCUCCCCACGGCCAGCGUCAGUGCCGUGCUCGCGGAGGGUGCUGGGUGGCUCGCGGAUUGUUGGUCAAUGUCACCUCGGUCGCGCAUGGGCUUGCGAAGCAGACCCAGCCUAGGCGUCUGGAAAAAGUGCCGUCAGAUGCUGAUGUCAAUCGUAACCAUCAUGUUGAGUUUAAGCGACGGCUUGCCUUACUGCUAGACUGCGCAUCCCAAGUACCGAGUCCUCAAGUCUGUAGAGCAGUUGGCAGUAUCCGGGUAAAGCCUAUCGGUCCAAUUCUACAGCAGCCCGCUUGGCAACCCUUAGGCUUUGCACAAUAUCGUCUGGAACCAAGGAACAGGCGAGGGAUAUCGGGGACGCUGUCCGACGCCGCCAACUGUGCUGCUCAAAAACGUUGCUCUUUGGCAGAAAUCGGUGGCAAAUCUCAUCAACCCGGUGUAUCUGCAAUUACGUAUGGUAUGAAUGGCCUUGUCUGGAAAAAAGGAAGCCAGGCAAAUGGCAGGGGGUUGUUCUUCAUCCCAUGUAAGUACUUGGCUUCGACACUUGUCUGCUGCCGGGAUCAGCAUACUUGACAAGCUCUGGACAAGGAUACGCGGCAGACAUGGGCUUGGUGAGGGGGCCGACAACUCACAAUUAGCGACAAUGGACGUACUGCUAUUGAAGGAAAGAAAGUCGAGGAUGGCAUGACGAACAAAGAAGCAAAGAAGCAAAUGAUCUGCCAAAUCACAUGUGGACUGUCGUGCUUGGGUCCUCCCAUUCAAAUUCCCUGUAGGCGGGCUGUCCCAUGACAACAAUGCUACCUUGACAAGCGCCAAAUCCUACCAAAGGCCCAGCUUCCCAGGCGAGUUGAGGCGAGUCGCACCUCAGGUGGUGGGCUGAAAGAUAGGAUAACUUUCUGUAUGGUUCUUGAAGCGAGUACUUGCGGCAACCCAUAUGUGAGCUGACCCGGCAAUUCAAGUAUUGCCCAGGUCGUUGCAAUGCAGGUACCCUUCAACGCCCGCAUUGCCUGUUCGCCAACUCGUAUAGCCUAGGCUGAGUACCGGUUGGCUAUUGUGGAAAUAAUUGGGUCUAAUGAAGAGGUACACAGACAACAGACCACAUUGAGCCGGGGGAGAUUGUCCCAUGGCUCAGCGGACCACGACCUGGUGCUUAUCAAGUCGAUUACUAUAUUGGCCACAUAGCAGACACGGACGAGACGAUACAGCAAUGGAGUAUCGUUGGUUGUUGUG